AUGAAUUUUUUUCCUUCAUUCUUUGCUAUUUUUCUUUCACUGUUUCAUUCUUUCUUUACUAACUUGCUUUCACCCUCUCUCCCUUCCUUCGCAUUCUCUCAUGCCUGCUUCAAUCUUUUUCCUUCAUACACUUUCUUUCACAACUUUUCCUUUACACUCUCUGUUGACUUUUCUACUGACUUAGCAUGCUUCCUUUUGCUCAACUCCUUCACCCUCUUUCCUUUGUUUUCUUUCCUUUGCACUGUUUCCUUAGCCCUCUCUCCUUUGCACUCUUUCCUUUACCCUCUUUCCUUUGUUCUCUUUUCUUCACCCUCUCUCCUUCACACUCCUUCCUUUGCACUCUUUCCUUCACCCUCUUUCCUUUCUUCUCUCUCCUUCACCCUCUUUCCUUCACCCUCUUUCCUUUGUUCUCUUCCCUUCGCACUCUUUCCUUCACCCUCUCUCCUUCACCCUCUUUCCUUCACCCUCUUUCCUUCACCCUCUUUCCUUUCUUCUCUUUCCUUCGCACUUUUUCCUUCGCACUCUUUCCUUCACCCUCUCUCCUUCACACUCCUUCCUUUACCCUCUUUCCUUUGUUCUCUUCCCUUCGCACUGUUUCCUUCGCACUCUUUCCUUCACCCUCUCUCCUUCACCCUCUUUCCUUCACCCUCUUUCCUUUAUCCUCUUUCCUUUCUUCUCUUUCCUUCACCCUCUCUCCUUCACCCUCUCUCCUUCACACUCCUUCCUUUACCCUCUUUCCUUUGUUCUCUUCCCUUCGCACUCUUUCCUUCACCCUCUCUCCUUCACACUCCUUCCUUUACCCUCUUUCCUUUGUUCUCUUCCCUUCGCACUCUUUCCUUCACCCUCUCUCCUUUACACUCCUUUCUUUGCAAUUCUUUCCUUCACACUCUUUUUUUGCCUUUUUUUCCUUUGCUCUCUAUCAUUUUGCUUUCAUUUACAUUUUUUGUCAUUCUUUUCUUUAUUUUAAUCCUUCUUCAAGUUAUUUUUCAAACAUUUCUUCCUUUUACUUUUCUGAAUUUCUUUCCUUCAAGUUUGACUUUUAGUUUGAGUUCCUGUCUUUUUUUAUGUCUCCCUCUCUUUGUAUUUCUUCCUCUUUUUUUCAUGUCUCUCUCUAUCUCCCUUUGUUUUUCUUCCUCUCUUUUUCAUGUCUCUCUCUCUCCCCCCACUUUGUUUUCCUUCCUCUCUUAA